AUGUCUCCUAUUACAUUAUUCUGUCUAGUGGCGGGUGAAAACCCUCAUGAAAAUAUUUUUAAGAUUGAGAUCGAGAAUGAUAAGUUAGUUAGUGAUCUCAAAGAGAUUAUUAUGGAAAAGCAACCGAACAUAUUUAUUGGCGUCAACAGUAGAUAUGUUAAAUUAUGGAAGGUCAACAUUCCAUUUGAAAGCGAAAAUUUGUAUUUCUUUAAAAUCUCUGAUGAAAGUAUAUUGGAUAAACCUGGAAGUGAAAAACUGAAGCUGACAACGAGGAUUAAAGAAUAUUUUCCUGUCAAACCGGCCGAAAGACAUGUUAGUAUCAUUAUCGAAACUCCUAGGGCUAUUCAUGGAAAACUUAAUCAAGCAUACUUGUUAGGUUGCUUUUCUAAAGGAGACCUUGUUGAGCUAAAAUACAAAGAUAAAACAUAUACCGCAACAUUCAAAGAAAUGUAUGGUCGCCCAUUUCUGGUCGCCGAUGGAUGCGAGUACCCUUCUUUCUCGAAGUUUAUUCAAGCGAUGAUAGACACGAAGUCAAUAGGGGGUUCAGUUUACAACAACCUGAAAGUCAAAUCCAUGUCUUGGAAAGAAUUCUGUGAAGAAAUAUUAUUCUUCAACUCCAUUAUGCAAAUAAAAAAAGAAUUGCAACUUCUCCUAGACGACCCAAAUGUUCGUGACAUCUUCUAUGGUAGAGAAGAGUUCGAGAAAGCUUCUACAGAAGUUUCAAUCUAUGAAGACCAAAAUCUGUACGUUGUAGUUGACAGACUUCCAGAGGAACGGUUGAAAUUUAUUGGAGAAUUUCCAAUAGUAUAUAUAUCAUGGGGAACAUUCACAGAUGAUUUUCCAUUUAAUCCUCCGAAACUUCCUUUCCCUCUGGAAACGAUAAAGAAAUUUGACAAUAUCCUCGAUACACAUAUUGGACUAGAAUUUCGAUCGAAAUUCAUAAAUCUUACCGCGAUUGCAUUAGACUGGAAAGUCAGUCGCGGUCGUUAUGAAGAGAGACCCGCUAUCGUAUUCUAUGUAAUUCGCAAAGGUGUUAUUCCCCUUGGUGAUCAACACUUUCCCAAAAUUAUUGAUGGAAUAGAAACAGAUGUACGAGAGGGAAUUUAUCACACAACUGGCACUGGCACAGAUUCGCAUUAUUGUCGUAGAUAUGUGCCGAUAAUUGCUUCGGGCUGUAGUAUUGGAAACUCAAAUAAAAUCAGUGCGGGAACCUUAGGAGCAUUUGCAAAAGAUAGCACGGAAAAUACCUAUAUUUUGUCGUGCAAACAUGUCAUCUGUUUGAACGAUGGUACUGAACAAGAAUUAAUUUAUCAACCGGCGUAUAUUGACUAUGUAGGAAUGCUUAAAUAUGAAAAAGAAAAAGAAACCGAUAUGUUAAAUAAAGCACAGUAUAAAUUUAAAGAUAAAGAAGCAGCGAAUUUAAGUCGCACAAUAAUCGAGAAGAUUGAAAACGACCUUAAAAUUGCGAAUAAAAAGGACACAUUAGUUGGGUCGUUUGUCAAAGGAUUUCGUGAUAAUUAUGAAAUUGAUGGCAAAAAUUAUGGAGUUGAUGCCGCCGUAGCUUCACUAGUAUUAACAAGCAAUGGUAACUUUCGAAACUUUGAUCCAGAAGGUUUUUGCAUAUCGAACACCACAUUUAAACUACUGUCAUAUGAACCUAUUACUCUUUCAUGUACCAUAGAUAUUAUCAACAACCUUGAUUCAAUCGAUAUUUCGCAACCUGUAUUAAAAGUUGGACGAACAUCCGGACUGACUAUUGGACAGAUAAAAGAAACAAUUUCAUCAUCAGUUUUGUUAAGUGGAGUUCACAACAUAUUUUACCAACAGGAGAGAAUAUUUGGGCGUUUCCUUUUAGAAGCUAUCAAACAUAAGGAGAAAACUGUAUUUCCUCCUAAAUGGUUAGAUAGACAAAUUACAGUAAAGAGUAAUGGAGUAUUUACGGAAGAAGGGGAUUCUGGUAGUAUAUGGUUUAAUAAAAGUGGAGCAGUUAUAGCAAUGGGUCAUGGGAAUUUAUCUACAAAUAUUGCAAUUUAUUCCAUAGGAUCGCCAAUACAUGCAGUGGAAAAAGCUCUUAAUAUAAGUAUUUGGUUUGGUAAAUAG